UCAGAAUUAGAUGUUGUUCUACCUCAUUCUCCAUUUGAUGAAAUAUCCGAAGAAGCAGCUUUGCAAAUUGAGACAAGUCCUUCAUUCCCUCUUACCUCAUUUACCUUGCGUGACUAUGUUGACCAGUCAGAGACCCUAACCAACCUGGUGCUUCUAGGUGUAGAUCUGUCUAAACUAGAAAGGCGACCAAAUGUGGCCAAUAUGCUGCUACGACUGGAUUUUAACAGAGAUGUAAAAGAGAGACUUCUGUUCCUAAAAGACGUAGGAGUAGAUGAUCAUCUGCUUGGAGCAUUCCUCACAAGAAACCCCUUCAUUUUGACUGAGGAUAUGGAGAAUCUACAAAUGAGAAUACAGUACCUGCAAUCAAAGAAAUUCAGCAAAGAAGCCAUUUCAAGGAUGGUGUCAGGAGCCCCUUAUUUGUUAAACUUCAGUGUGGAAAGACUGGACAAUAGGCUGGCAUUCUACCAGAGAGAACUGAGGUUAAAUGUGCAAAAGACUCGUGAUCUGGUCACCCGUCUUCCCAAAUUGUUGACUGGCAGCUUGGAACCCGUCAAAGAAAAUCUCAAAGUUUGUCGGAUUGAAUUGGGAUUUCGUGAUAAUGAAAUCCAGCACAUGGUAAUCAGCAUCCCGAAACUCCUCCUGGCUAGUAAGAAAAAAGUGACUAGAACGUUUGACUACUUGCACAAUACCAUGGGAAUCCCCCAUCACCUGAUUACAAAAUUUCCUCAGGUUUUUAAUGCAAAGUUUCUGAGAAUAAAAGACAGACAUCUGUUUCUUGAACACUUGGGACGAGCUCAAUAUGAUCCAACUCAGCCUAACUACAUCUCACUGGAUAAUUUGGUUGCAACACCUGAUGAAGUAUUCUGUGUAGAGAUAGCAAAAGGCACACUGCUGGAUUUUGAGGCAUUCCAAAAGACACUUUAAAUUCUCUUAAAUAGUUUCAAUAUGUGCCGACUUACAAAAGGAAUAAAUAAAUUUAGGGUCAUGACUAUUUUCCCUGUAUUUCCAAUAACUAUAUAAACUAUUUCCAGACUGGUGGUUUGCUUAGUAGCAAUGAUAUAGCUAUCUGACAACGAAUCCAAAGAAAAGUUGUAACAUUUCUCUAAGUGCGAUUGUAGAUUUUGCGUGUGGUUUCAAUGUUCUGAAUAAAUCCUCGCUGGGAAAUGGAUUUAACUUUUUCCUAAAACUAA